UUUCCAAGAAGAAGAGUCGCUAGCGCGCGCUUUGGCUAACGCUAGUAGCUUAAAACUGUAAAACAUUUUUCGCGUUAACCAGCGUUAGCUUUAACUACGACGACGGUUCCUUGGAUCCUAAUGUGAACAAACUUGUUGUUUAUUUCAAGGUAGUACUGUAUUCGACUCUCAAAUAGUCAUGAUGGAGGUGGAUGAGUGUGAGCCGAUUUCGCUGAUGAUGGUUCAGAACGGCUCAGGUGAUACUGGAAAUGUGUCCAGCCUUGGUUGUGUUACCUUUCUCCCCACAACCAAUUGUCCUCAGAAGAUAAGUUAUUGUGAAAAUGGACUUGACUUGACUCAACUGAAACAGAAACCCGUUGUAAUUUUGACAAGACUCCCUGAAUUUACAAUUAAUGCCCUUCAACCUCCAACGCCUCAGCAGUUCUACAGUGAAACCGAGUCCCGCUGCAGCUCUGACUCCGAUCGGCUGUGGGAACCAGACAAUGAUUCAGAUUCAGACUUUGACGUCACUGGUAAAAAACGGAAAACUUUGAAAUCCAAAAAGCAUGUUGCAAUUAAUGCUCCUCCACCAAAGAUAAGUAACACCAAUGGUCACAGCAGUCGUGACGGCAGUAGUAGCAGUAAUAACAUUAACAGCAGCAACAAUGCCAACGACAACAACGUGGCAGAAGGUGGGCCCAUUAUUGUAUCGUCUGCGUUUGCCCAUUCCUCCAACGAAACCACAAAGGUUCGUCCCGACUUGCCAGAGGUCGAGGUAAAAGUGGGCAUGACAGUCCUGGCCAGAAAGAGAGCUAUGCUGUGGCAGAGAGGGAAACUACUGGAGAUUGUUACAAAGGAAGACGGACGGGUAAAGUAUAAAGUUAACUUUGAAGAAAAAGGCAGGAGCCUUGUAUCAGGACAUCACAUUGCCCUCGACAGCCCACCUAAACUGGAGGAGCUGUAUGUUGGCGCUCGAGUUGUUAUUCAGUCUACGGAUGACGAAUUUAGCUUCCUGCCUGGUAUUUUGGCCGAGCUCCCCAGCAGAAAGAAUCGCUUAAGGUUCUUGAUCUUUUUGGAUGACCAGUCAGCAAUCUACCUGAGUUUACCUUCACUUCACCUGGUUUGCAGACCAUUGGACGAUAAUUUAGAGGACAUCCCUGAAGGCACUCACAGGGGCUUUUUGAAACAGUAUGUGAAGAACUGGCCAUUUCCACAUCUUACCCACUACAAGGUUGGGCAGAUCAUUAAUGUAGAGGUGGAGGGAGCCCUCCAGAGGUGCACGGUAGAUGCUGUUGACUGCAGCUUGAUGCAGAUUGUUUUUCGGGGAAGUGGGCAGAAGGAAUGGAUCCACCGAGGCUCUGUUCGGCUGGAACACAUGGCCAAGUUCCUGCAGGUUAAAGAAAAGGGAGGAGCCAAAUCAUAAUUCUGACCCUCAAUUCUCUUCAUGAUUGGAACAGAAUGGCUAUAAAGAACACAAAUAAAUGUGAUUAGGGCGAAAUGUAUGCUGAACAUACCACUUUUAUUUUCUUAAAAAAAAAAAAAACAACCCACAGUUUCUUGUCAGCUCUUGGUAAAAUUUCACCUGACUAAACAAAAAAAGUUUUGGUAUGUUCUUUUCAACCAGCAGUAAGUAAUUAGUGAUUUGUCCACUCAAUUUUAUUGAUUGUACAGAUGUUCGGAGAUGGUUACUUGGAGCAUUGUCUCAUUUUGUGCACAGAAAGCACCAAGAAAUGUUUAAAAGUUAUGAAAAAAACGACCGUAGUUCUUGUCUAUUAAUUAAAUUGACAAGCUAAAGUGAUUAAACGGAGGAGAGACAUGUAUUCUUGUUUUGUUUAGUAGUAAAAUUUCCAACUCUUGAAUUUAUAUUUCGUCUCACCUUCAGUUAUGUCUUUUUAUCUAAAUUCUGCUUGUAUGAUGUCUUUGCAACUGUAAAUUUGUGUAAAACAAACUCUUUGAACCCAGAAGCUGAACAUGCUACUCCUUUGGUAUUAGUUGAAAUACUGUAGCUCAUGUUGGUUUGCUUUCAUUGAUAGUAAUAUCUUUUUUCUAUGCUUCAUUUUUUCCUCUUUAGUAAGAUUGUAAACUAAUUAAGCAUCUUUAAAACAUGUAUAUACAUUGUUCCAUUUAGUCAAAACCCCUAUGUAACUUUUUCACACAUUUCUUUAAAUGAUUUAAUUCAUGUCGCUUUUCUUUUUGUAGUAAAUCAAA